CAAAAAUAAGCAUUGUCGCCAAAAUCCCUAUGUUGGACAAAAAAAAAACCUCUCUGUGUGACAAACUCAAAACCAUGAAACGCCGAUUCGAAGGCGGACUAGGAGAAUCUGCGGAGGGGGAGAAUCCAAUUCCGGCCCAACCCACAAAGCUCCGAGAUGCAGAUAAGAAUAAAGAAAAAAUUUCUGUUAAAGAUUCUCCGACGACUCAUCUCACAAAAGUAGAGGCUGCUCAGGACUCUCAGACUCAACUCCAGCUCGAGGAGAAGAAUACUCUUCCAGCUAUUCUCGAGGACAAUAAUCCCACAUGCCUAGCCCGUCCUAAACUCAUAAUCAAGCCAGGCACAUUUUCCUCUAUGCCGUCUACUUGUCGAAUUUGCUCUGAGUAUGGACACUUUCCUGGUAUGUUCCCCUGGAGGAAACGGCUCCCAAAAGGCGUAACUCAGGUUGGCAAGGGCUAUGUAGUAAAGUGGGGGCGUGCUGUUCGCCUUGAGUGUGUUUAUUGUUAUGAGAUUGGUACCCACAUGCUUAAUGACUGCCCGCAUUUUAAAAAACUACUUGACGAAAAUGGAGGGGAUGCGCCGUUGCACCCCUGUUUGCUCGAUGAUACACCACUUGGUGAUUGCUGAAGCUGAGGGCUGGGUGCAUGUAUGCAGCAGCUGUUGAAUUAUCGUUUCAUUUUAGCGCUUUAUGUUAUAUAUGUUGGUGUGGACCCACGUAUGUCUUGGAAUAAUUAAGCUAGAUAGCUAUGUUGUCGUUGUGGAUAUAUAAUGCUUUGUUGUUGGGUGCCUUCUUUGUUUCAUUUGGCUGUCCUUUGCAAGUACUCGUCUUGGAAUGUCAUAUAUGUGCAGUGCCUAUUGAUUUGGAUCGA